CCGCCGGCUCACCGGCCGGAAAGCGAGGAGACGCCGAGCAAGGACGAUCCCCCGCGGCUUCUCCCUCUUGAUCCGGACUGCGGGCAACCGGCGCUUGUGUGCGGAACCGCCUGCCAUCAAUCUGACCAGACCAGCCCCGAACCUUUGCCAGCCGGCCUUCAUCAUGGCUAUGGAGCUGGCCACCCCCGGCCAGGACCUUCUAAGCCCCGCAUCACAGCCACCAGAAGUCUUUGCUUAUGAGGAGGAGGAUUUUGCGCUGCAGGGAGUGGAGUGGCCGGCCGGCCACCACCUCUCGCCUUUCGACAGAGUUCUGCAGUCGGGCUGGGAGGACAGGAUGAAGAGGGGACUUUUCCGCUACCCCUUGGGAGACCUGCAGACCCGGAUCCUGCCAGGGACGGUGGGGUUUGUGGCCCAGCUGAACAUCCAAAGAGGGGUCGAGAGGAGGCGACCCCAGGAGAUCCGCAGCCUCCAGCAGCCCUUUGACCCCCAGCAGUUCAAUUUCAACCAGAUCCAGCCCAUGGAGGUGCUGUUCUACAUGCGCAGGGGCGGCCCUCCCUGCCUGGGAGGGACUCCGUCUCCAGCUGGCCCUGCUUGCAUCUCGGUAGUGAUUAAUGUCAGUCCUCUGGAAUUUGGGCACGUCCUCCUCGUCCCCAGUCCUGCCCUCUCCUUGCCCCAGGUCCUCAUGCCCGAGGCCCUCCGCUUUGGCUUGGAUGCCGUCCUCCUCAGCACCCACCCGGGUUUCCGCAUCGGUUUCAACAGUCUUGGAGCUUUUGCCUCUGUUAAUCAUUUGCACCUCCAUGGGUUUUACUUGAACUGGGAGCUGCUGGUGGAAACUGCCCCCUGCGUUCCCCUGCUCCCCGAGGCAAGCCUGUAUCGGCUGCAGGAGGUCCCGGCCCCUGGCUUCGUCUUCUACAGCGAGGGGCAGCAGUUAGAGAAGCUCACCCGCUAUGUUGUUCAGGUCACCGACUAUCUGGUAAAGAAGGAGAUUGCACACAACCUCUUCAUAACCCGGGGUGCUAGACCUGAGGGGCCCAUUCAUUCAGAGGCUCGCCCUGGGAUCCGGAUCAUUGUCUGGCCACGGAGAGCCUGCUUUGGUGCCAAAGAAGAGUCUGCCUUCAAUGUGGCCCUCUGUGAGUUGGCAGGACACUUGCCCAUUAAAACAGCCCAAGAUUUCAAGGACCUGACAGAGGCUUCUGCAAUUGAGAUCAUUCAGAAAUAUCUCCUCUCAGAUGGUCAGUUUGCCCGGCUCCAGAGUGACCUAGUUAGCCUCCUUAAAGGGUGAUCUGCCACUGGAUUGUGCCAACUCAAAUAUGCUGCUGUUUUGUCUUUGCUACAGUCUGUUCAGCAAAGGCAAAGCGAAGUCAUCACCCUACAUACACACAGACGACAUGGCAAAACAACAUGCAAGGGUGAUGAUCAAUAAAGGACACAUACAAUUGGA